AUGUCAGAUAAACGUAUUCCGUUUCAUUUAUGUGAUAUUAGCAAUCCACCAUCUUAUUUUAAUCAACAACAACAAUAUCCACCAUUCAUCGCACCAAAAUCAAGUUAUGAAGUAAGAUAUGUACAUAAAUACACUACAAUUGAGACAAUGCAAAUGCUGAUCAAUCAUGUACAAAAUUGCAACGAGUAUACACUUGAUACUGAAUCCGAACGAUCAUAUAAAUGAUUGGCAUAAAUACAAAUUCAAACAAUAACUUGUCGAUUACCAUCAUUUGUGAUCUUAUUGAUACUUGCACAUUUACCAUCUACUGAUUCAUUGAUCAAUAUAAAGAUUAAACAAGUUUUUCAAUUAGUUUUUAGGUAUGGAAAUAAAUUAUACUCAUGGGGACCACUACGCAAGGAAAUAUGCCCGCUCAUGAUUUAUCAAUUGUUCGAUUGGUCUAUUAAAGCAUCAGUGAUCAAUAUUCAGCUUAAAUUUCCUGGUUGGUAUGCGUGGGCAGUAUCUUAUUGCGAGGUAUGCAACUCAUCUUCUCACCGCAAUGUUAUUGUUGAUGAUAUCGGUUCUAUUAGAAACAUUAAUUCAUCUUCAAUAUGUAUUUAUCAACAACCAGGUUGUUAUGCUCCUCAUGAAAAAUGGACAUUACAACAAGCUUUAAUUUAUAUCUGUCGCAUGUUUAUUGACAAAUCCGUCACUGUCAAUCAUUGGGCAGGCGGAUUCGAUCCAACUUAUUCAACUUUAUCAAGGACAAAACGAAACAAAAUGAUACAUUAUGCAAUCCAUGCCUGUUUUGCGACAACAUAUUUAAUUCGUCCCGUUUUACAAUAUUGGUCAUUUCAACAGGUAAUAAAUAGUAAUAUUACUAAUCGAUUUCAGGCAUUAUCCUCAUCAUCAUCAGAAAUAAUUUCAAUAUCAUCAUCUAUGAUGCU